CUCUCAAUAAAUAUUGUUGUUUCCUAGAAAGACAGGAAGCAUUUACUUCUAAAUUAAUGGGGGCAUUGAAUUUGCUUUGACUUUAUGGUAGAUGCAUGAUUUCAAUGCUUAUUCAUGGAAAUUCACACUUCCACUUCCAUUUAUAUUUCCCUCGUUCUCACUAUUUUGUGCCAAAACCAUAUGGCAAGGUGCAUCACAAUAUUCUUGAUUGUUUCAGUUCUUCUACUCACAGUUGCUGAAGGAAGGUCCUUGUUCAACAUCAUUAGUCCAGAUUCUGUUUCUCACAAACCGGUUUCUUCUUCCCAUGUAACAGUGUCACUCGAGCAUAUAGGGUUCAAUAAUGAUGAUGGUGGUGCUUGCAAGGGACUAGACAGGACUGAAUGUGUGGUUAAAGCAACAAUGGUUGCUCAUACGGAUUAUGUCUACACACAAGACAUCAAUGGACCUUGAUUGUGCUAUUUCGGCUUCUUCUUUCAAUUCAGUGUUCUUUUAGGAUUAUAUUGUACUAAGAGAAGUGUAAUUUCUUUAGAAUACUACAAUGUCAACGAUGUGAAAAGCAUGUAAUUUCA